UUACUAUUCAUUCAUUCACUGGACGAAUUCAAAGCCGAUAUGACAUGAGAAAUCUUUUUCCGCUACUGCUCAGCUUUGAACCCGAGACCUCACAGUCAUAGAACCACUUCUCUCCACUGAUCCACUUGAGGCUCAAUGAACCGGUUAAAUACCGAUGACUAAUAUUUCUCCAAAAAUGAAUUGUAAUACUCCUAAGCUAUUUUGGGCGAUCUUUUAAGUGAUUUAUAAAUCAGUAAAUUAUGCAUUGAAUUAAAUAGUAAAUUAUGCGAAAGUAUACUUUUAAGGCAAGCGCCUGGCAAGUUGGCCUUUUUAUAUGGAGCUAUUUGAAGCCAAUUCCUAAAUUGAUCUCGGACUCAGCUCACAGCGCUCCGAGGAAAAAAAAUAUUUAAACAAAAAUUUAGUAUAUUUAUCCCUUCAUACGGAAAGGUAUCUUAUAAUACGGAAAAACUUCUCACUUUUUAAAUAUUUAGCAUAACGAUCACGAGUGCAGAAAAAUUCCUAUACGCACUUUGUAUGUGAAAGUAAGAAAUUGGCUUCAACUUUGGUGGCCACUCACCGGGGACUAGUUUUAAGGCAUAUCAUCUAAGUAACGAGUUCGAGCAUUUCGCAAAGCAUAGGAUACUUUGCCACUUCUUUUGUUGCCACAAAACCAAUUUUAUUAGUAAUUGGAAUUUAAUUUACCGAUUGAAAUAUUAUUCUAUAUAUAAAUUUAGUAUCAUUAACUUGGUUUCUUGCUUUUAGUUUUUUAUGGUGCGGUUGUCAUAGUUGACGCAAAUAUGUCGAAUAACUUGGAUAUAUUUAAGAAGAUAGAGUCUAAAGUUGAAUUUGGGAUUUCAAUGAUGACCUUGUGUUUAACAACUGGACCACUAAAGCGACGAAUUUUGAUUUCGCUAUCACUUGUCAAUAACUUACUGAACGUUAUUUUAUCAGCCAAUCAUUUGGUCUUGAACUUUCAUGGAAAAUUAACUACAAAUAUUAUGGGAAGUGCUGUAAUAGUUUUUGGAUCAUCACAAAUUGUUCUUAAAAAUUUCUCAACAUAUUUCUACCGUGAGAAUUUGUUGGAACUCUUUCGAUGGACUCAGUCCCUUCACAACAAACAACAAAAUGGUGUAUUGAAAGUUAUUACUGAAGAGAGCCUUCUGAAGUAUGACAAACUUUGGAUUAUUCUUUUCAAAAUAACUCAUGGUGCAAUAUUUGUUACUUGUUUUGUGUUUGGAGUCAAUAAUAUUGUCAAGGGCGAUGCCGGUGUUUUGUUUCGAUUUCCGUUUAUCUCAAUGAAUUUCGUUUACUAUUCAGAACUAAUGGUUUCCUUGCAAUUAAUUUGUGUCUGUAUUUCAGGCAUAAUUACCAUAACUUCAGACUUAGGAAUAGUAUACAUUGGCAUGGAAAUAAUGUCAACAUUAGAUGUUUUACAUUAUUUUAUUUUAUCAUAUAAAGACCGAACACCAAAAAAAAUUGAUUUUCUUGAAGUAGUCACGAGAGAUCAUUCCGCGAUCAUUGAAAAAAUUAAUCAUUUUAAUAAUGCCAUUUACAUGCUGUCCUUUACACAAUUUGUAACAAGUACUUUGCUUUGUCUUAUAGCCUUUGCCGAUAUAAGCAUGAAUUCUAAAAGUCCUAUUGGAUAUCUAAUCGCUCUUUGUUCUAUGUCUCAACUUUUUCUCCCAUGCCUUUUUGGGGAAUUUAUAAAGAUUAAAACCGAAAGACUAUCCAUAUCACUUUACUUUAUUAAUUGGUACAAUAUGAAUCGAAAGGAUCAAAAUAAUUUCAUAGUAAUUCUUGGGCUAAUGCAACGAACAUAUGGGGUGAAAGCUGCUGGAAUGUAUAAUGUCGACAUCUACACUUUUAUCCAGAUUGUUAAAAUGGCGUCUUCUUACUGUGCUAUCUUGCUUGCUGUUAACAAUUAAAAAUCUAUUGUUGCAAAAUAGUUUAAGAAAAGAAUGUGGUGCAUUAUGAAAUACUGCUCAGAUUGAUAGGACUGUCUAGUUAUUAGAUUUUAUCAUAUUUUGAAGCUUUUAUUUAUUGAGUUGUUUAUCUUCACGAAAGAAAGAAAAGAUGACCGUAUUAUUGUUAUUACAUUAUAAUUAAAAACGAAUUCAAUUUAGGGCGGAGUUUAAUAGUCGUGCCUACUGACUAAAUAAACAACGCCACUAAUAAAAAUUGCAUGAACCACAAGUUUUUUUUCUAUUUCUUAACAGUCAGUGGCUUUAGGUGUUGUGGGUCAGGAUAAUGCUUAAAUCGUCAUGACUUUAAAUAAAAUGUUAGUAGAACCAAUUUUUUAUUUAUAUCAAAUACAUGUUCAAUAAAUAAUUAAUGAUGGUUUUUCAAUACAA